AUGCAGUGGGUGAAGAACCUGAGGUCCCCAUUCCCCCAACAUGGAAAGCUGGCUAGUGACAGGAUGGAAUCCACACAUCCAAUCACAGGGACAUCUGAGAGGUACUCCCUGUAUGACAGAUUCCAUCAGAAGAACCAGAAACGUCCAGAGGAGAAGUUAAGAAGUCUCAACAUCUGCCCGGCCUUACGAACUGAAGUAAACUGUGCAGUUGCAGAGCAGUUCAAUCGGGAGCUUUCAUCUGUUAAGUACUCUCUGUGCCACAUGAAUGAGCCUCACUUUAAACAAACAGUCAGGUUGUUGAUUCAUCUGCACAAUGAGAAGAUCAACAGAAGUUUUAAGGCAGAAAUGGAGGCCUUGUGCAACACACAGCUAUCUAUUGGAGUGCAUGGGAUGCUGGGACUGCAGUCAGCUGAUGGGAAGGAAAAUCCACUGCAAAAUUCAGAUGGCAAGCCCAACAUCCAACCUGACAGCAUUGUCACCUCUUCAUUCGUAGCACAGUCAUAUGCUGUCAGUGAUAAUGACAUGGAAAAGCUUAAGGACUUAUUAUCUGGGACCCGUGAUGAAGGUCAAACCCUGACUCAUGCCUCAGGGCGAUUUCCAGUGUCAAUAAAUGACAUUCGCAGUGUUUGCCCUCUGGAGUUGUUGGGACAGUCUUCAUUAGUUAUGCCAUGGAUGAAUGAUGAUAAGCUGGUCUGCUCUCAGGAGUGUGAGAGAAUGGGCCUGGAGUUGCUGAGACAGGUUUCCAAGUUCACUUAG